AUGAUCCACGAUACAGGGGCCUCAAUCAAUAACGAGCCCUCAAACGAUACAGAACCAGCUGAAAGCCACAGCAUCACUGACGUCGAGGUUGUUGAGGCGCUACAGAAGGGCAUCCGCGAAGCUGCUAGUGAUAACGUUAGGGAGGAGCUGAUCAACGAGGGAGAGGCGUCGCUUUAUUAUGACUCUCUGACCAUGUCGCCCUUGAAUGCAAUGUCCUCUGCUGCUAUUGCCCGCUUCCGCGCCUACAAGCCUCCCUCAUUCCCGCUAUGGGACCGUCUUCCGGUUCGGAGACGUGCUGCUGUCUUGAUACUUCUGUAUGCUGACCGCCGUGGUGAUUUACGUGUUGUCAUCACCAUGCGUGCCGCGAGCUUGAGGAAUUUCUCGGGGCAUGCCGCCUUCCCUGGGGGCAAAGCGGAUAAUGCUCAAGAGACACCAUUCCAGAUCGCCCGCAGAGAAGCUUGGGAAGAGAUCGGGCUUCCGAUGGACGAUUCCAAACUCCCUAAACCAUUCCGCCUAGAGCAUCUCUGCUAUCUGCCGCCUUCUCUGGCCCGAACGCAUCUCGUGGUGAGACCUUGCGUUGCAUUUCUACAUGCGGAUCAGCGAACAGCAGGAGAGCCCGCUCCUAAUGUGGAGGAGUCCAUGAUUCCCCGCUUAGACGCACGCGAAGUUGCUGCUGUCUUCAGCGCACCUUUCUACAAUUUUCUCCAGGCGAACGACCUCCCUCCUGCUCCUGGCGAGUCGCGACAGUGGUACGAUGGCUUCUGGCAUUCAUGGAAAGACCACAAAUGGCGAGUGCACAACUUUUACGUACCCGUCAAUAACCAGAGCAUAUCCAAACCACGAAAGGACAGCGAGCAAAGCCAACUGGUAGAAAAGCUGGAGAAAGAAGAGGAGCCAGACGGCAGAUUCAAGGUGUGGGGGAUGACAGCACGUAUCCUAGUAGACGCGGCGAGAAUUGCAUAUGCACAGGAGCCUGGGUUUGAGCACAACGAUAGUUUCGGUGAUGAGGAUAUUAUUGCGCAUGCGGACAGCUUGGGAGAGCUGGGGGACAAGGUUCAGGAGAAGCCACACGAAAAGAAGACCGAACCUGGGGAGGCAGCAAAGAUGUAG